UAUAUUUCCCACUUAACUUUUUCAAUCGCUUAAAAUUCCCCCCUGAGCAAAGCUUCCAGCUAAGUGAAGGAAAGAAAACAGUUGCAGCGAGCUUCUUUUUGGGAAAUAUUGGACUGGAAUCAGUCGGCAUCCAGCCAUAUGAAGCAAUCGGGCUCUAACGGUGGCCCUCAAAGAAAACCCUGAUGAUUGCUUUCUAGAGAGGCUCAUUUAGUUUUUCAGUAAGUUAAACAUAUCUGUCCGUCCAGUAUUAGCUGUUCAGUCCCUCUUUGCUGUACUCUGACCUUUUUAGCGAAGGUCAGCCCCCGCCCUUUCAGGAAGAAAGGCUGGAGCUUUUUAAUUCCCCCAACCGAUCCGGCCUCAGCCCUGCGUUUUCAUGUAGUCCUAACCGGAGGGAAAAUGCUGGCUCGGUCUUGGAAGUAAACAUGAACUGAUGAGACGCUAGAUUAUCUUUGAAGUGCAAAAGAUAAGAUGGUUUCUAACCUAAUUGCUAUACUCCUGUUUUGUAAAUACACUUUCCAAUGAUUUAUCUUUUCAUGUUGCUUUGCUGUCAGUUUGGGGGGGGUUUAUUUCCCCUGGAGUUACAACCUAAUUUUGUCUCAUGAAAAAUUGUUUAUUCUAGGGGGUCAAAUCUGGAGGCAUGGAGUUGUCCUGCCGGUUACAGGCCAUCUUAUUUCGUGCUAGAGGGGGGUAAAGGAGUGGGGAGGAGCAUCAGGGAGCCACAACCUCCCCCGCUCUGUCGCUCCGCCCCCCGCGCGCCCGCUGAGGCUUGGUGGACUGUACGCGCUCCGAGCUGUCUUCCUGACCAUUCAGCUUCAUCUCAUCUUCUCCCCCAGCACACUCACACCACAUGUUUGUUCACACACACACAAACAUCAGUUGUUUCACAUCAUAGCUGAUGAUGAAAAUUUCAUCCAGGUGGUUAUCUGUUCUGAUAGCCGCCGCCCUCGGAUGUUUCUUUUAGUCGUUUAAGGAGAUUCUUUUAAAAUGGCUGAAGUCGUGUCAAGCAGACAGCUCACUAUCUGUACUCCACCGCCUGCGCCAGAUGCUUGGUUAGAAAGAGAGAAACGGUGCGCAGCAACUGCAAUGACCUCUUUAUUUCAGAACUGUGGAGGCUUCUAGAUACAAGUCAUUAAUCCACAGACCUUUUUUUCCUCUACCCAUUGGCCAGGAUUCAAGAAAGCAGGCCAGGAUAAAGAAAUCAAAGUUUUUUUUUAAAAAUAUUUCAUGAAAUGCUAGAAAGUAAAAGAUGAGCAAUAAAUAUUUGUUCCCUUUUCCUUUUUAAACGUGUAAUAAUAUUCCCAAAGAAAUGGGAUCAGUUCAUUUGGGAAAGAUCAAGCCAGUAACCGCCCUCCUGGAAGUUGAUUUCAAAUCUAAUUUGAAGGAAUAUGUCCCUAAUUGGUUGAACACAUGAAAGCCUUUCUUCCUCCCAGUUCCCCUGUGAGCGUUCCCUUUCUCUUCUAUGAAAUGCUACGUUCAUUGCAUGACUCAAAACAAAGAAGAGUAGCCUAAAUUAUUUAUUUUUUUCCUGUUUUUUUUGUUGUGUUUUUGGCAUUUUUAUUUCCAUAUUUUAAAAGAAUGUAUUGUUUGAAGCCUUUUACUAACGAUCUUGUUUUCUGAUUUUGUCUCUUUUGGUUUUUUCCACAACUGAUACUGUUAUUUAGAAGGUUUCAGGUGGGUGACACUAUUCCUGCGUAGGUGUGCCUGGUGGAAAGGAACUCUAGGGCAGCCUCAGUCCUCUCCUCUUCUUCCAGCCAGCUGCGGCCGCCACUCUGACAAAGUCCAAAAAUAUGGCUUGUUACCUGAAAGCCAUUGAGACUCAGCCCAACUUUGCAGUGGCCUGGAGCAACUUGGGUUGUGUGUUCAAUGCCCAGGGAGAAAUCUGGCUCGCCAUCCAUCAUUUUGAAAAGGCGGUGACUCUGGACCCAAACUUUCUAGAUGCGUACAUCAACUUGGGCAACGUUCUGAAAGAAGCUCGCAUCUUUGACAGAGCUGUGGCCGCCUACCUGAGAGCCCUGAGUCUGAGCCCUAACCAUGCGGUCGUCCAUGGCAACCUGGCCUGCGUCUACUACGAGCAGGGGCUCAUCGACCUCGCCAUCGACACGUACCGCCGCGCCAUUGAACUGCAGCCCCACUUCCCUGACGCCUACUGCAAUUUGGCCAAUGCCCUGAAGGAGAAAGGCAAUGUGUCUGAAGCGGAAGAGUGCUACAACACGGCGCUGCGUCUGUGUCCAACUCACGCCGACUCCCUUAACAACUUGGCCAACAUCAAGCGUGAGCAGGGCAACAUCGAAGAAGCUGUUCAGCUCUACAGAAAAGCCUUGGAGGUGUUCCCAGAGUUUGCUGCGGCUCACUCCAACCUGGCCAGCGUCCUGCAGCAGCAGGGCAAGCUCCAGGAGGCCCUCAUGCAUUACAAGGAGGCUAUUAGGAUCAGCCCCACGUUCGCUGAUGCCUACUCCAACAUGGGCAACACGCUGAAGGAAAUGCAGGACGUCCAGGGAGCGCUGCAGUGCUACACUCGCGCCAUCCAGAUCAACCCAGCCUUUGCUGACGCUCACAGCAAUUUGGCCUCUAUCCACAAGGAUUCUGGAAACAUCCCAGAGGCCAUCGCCUCUUAUCGCACAGCCCUUAAACUCAAGCCAGACUUCCCUGAUGCUUACUGCAACUUAGCUCAUUGCCUCCAGAUUGUGUGCGACUGGACAGAUUACGACGAGCGGAUGAAAAAGCUCGUCAGCAUCGUGGCCGACCAGCUGGAGAAGAACCGGCUGCCCUCGGUGCACCCGCACCACAGCAUGCUGUAUCCGCUGUCUCACAACUUCCGCAAAGCCAUCGCCGAGCGCCACGGAAACCUUUGUCUGGACAAGGUACUCGCAAUGAUCAAAAUUAACGCACUCCACAAGCCCGCCUUUGAGCAUCCUAAGGACCUGAAGAGCAGCGCUGGUCGCCUGCGCAUUGGUUACGUCAGCUCCGACUUCGGCAACCACCCGACCUCUCAUCUGAUGCAGUCCAUCCCCGGAAUGCACAACCCAGAAAAGUUCGAGGUUUUCUGCUACGCCCUCAGCCCCAACGAUGGCACCAACUUCCGUGUGAAAGUGGUGGCAGAAGCUCAUCAUUUCACAGACCUUUCCCAGAUUCCGUGCAACGGAAAGGCGGCCGACCGUAUUCAUCAGGAUGGGAUCCACAUCCUGGUCAACAUGAACGGAUACACCAAGGGAGCGCGGAACGAGCUGUUUGCCCUGCGCCCCGCCCCCAUCCAGGCGAUGUGGCUCGGUUACCCUGGCACCAGCGGCGCUCCUUUCAUGGACUACAUCGUCACGGACAAGGAGACGUCUCCCGUCGAAGUGGCCGAACAGUACUCUGAAAAGCUGGCCUACAUGCCCAACACCUUCUUCAUCGGAGAUCACGCCAACAUGUUCCCUCACCUCAAGAAAAAGGCCGUCAUUGAUUUCAAAUCGAACGGCCACAUCUUCGACAACCGCAUUGUUCUCAACGGGAUCGAUCUGAAAGCUUUCUUGGACAGUCUGCCGGAUGUCAAAGUGAUAAAGAUGAAGUGCGACAACAACCCGGAGCCUGCCGCCGGGGACUCGAGCGAAGCCCUGUCCAUGCCGGUGAUUCCCAUGAACACGGCAGCCGAGGCGAUCAUCAACAUGAUCAACCAAGGCCAAAUCCAGGUCACCAUCAAUAACUUCACGGUCAGCAACGGCCUGGCCACCACACAGAUCAACAAUAAAGCCGCCACUGGGGAGGAGGUGCUGCGGACCAUCGUGGUGACGACCCGCUCCCAGUACGGUCUCCCCGAGGACUCCAUUGUCUAUUGUAACUUCAACCAGCUCUACAAGAUCGAUCCUCCCACCCUGCAGAUGUGGGCCAAUAUCCUCAAACGUGUGCCCAAUAGCGUGUUGUGGCUCCUUCGCUUCCCUGCGGUCGGCGAGCCCAACAUCCAGCAGUACGCUCAGAACAUGGGCCUGCCGGCGUCUCGCAUCAUCUUCUCCCCCGUGGCUCCCAAGGAGGAACACGUGAGAAGAGGCCAGCUGGCCGACGUCUGCCUGGACACUCCUCUGUGCAACGGCCACACCACCGGCAUGGACGUCCUCUGGGCCGGGACCCCCAUGGUCACUAUGCCAGGUGAGACUCUUGCUUCCCGUGUGGCCGCCUCACAACUCAACUGCCUGGGCUGCCCGGAGCUGAUCGCUCAGACGCGGCAGGAAUACGAGGACGUAGCAGUCAAACUGGGAUCAGACAUGGAGUACCUGAAGAUGAUCAGAGCCCGCGUUUGGAAACAUCGAAUCUGCAGCCCGCUGUUCAACACCAAGCAGUACACGAUAGACCUGGAAAGGCUCUAUCUGCAGAUGUGGGAGCACCACAGCAGCGGCAACAAGCCGGACCACUUGGUCAAACACCUAACAGUGGAGACCAGUGAGAACGCCUGAACUGGAAACCUGUUUUUAUCUCCUGGUCCAGCAGCACAGCCUCCCCCGCCCCUCCAGUGACCGUUUCCAUAUCUCAUUUAUUCUAAAGGGGGGACUCUUACUUUGAAGGAGCCCACACGUGUUCACACUUGGACUCCCAAAUAUGUUUGUCGUCGAGUCGCACGUCUGGUGAGCCAGACUACGCCUGAGACGUUUUUUUUUCGGGCGGCUCGUCUGAGACUGUAGAACUGAAACACUUGGUGUACUCUGUGAGCAUGAGAAGGUCGUGAACACCUCGCGUUUCCCUCCAGUACCUCGGAACAGUGGAUUUUUCCUUUUUUAAUCCUGUGGUUGUACGUGCAGGACUAAUCGCAGCUUGUGGAGAAAAUGCCCAGCCAUCUUUGUUCUAUUAAGAAAUGGAUUUAGAGCUCUGUAUGUUUUAAAAUUUCAAUGUCGCACCGUUUAAAUUGCGAGUUUCGUCAGCUUUAUCAAGCAAGUAUGAGACGAUUUGCAGCCGGUCUUUUGUUUGUGAAAGCCGGCCUUUAAAUGGCUGCAAGAAGUAAAUGUGCAAGUUUUGGAAAAAAAAAAAAAAACUUCCUCCCACAGAAAAUUGCCAACUUUUAUUAAUUUUGUCAAAGAAUUUAUUCAUUAGCUGUUAACCUUCUUGAUGUCAAACUGAGUUUGUUCUAAUGGAUUGGGCAAAAAAUGAAUGUGGAAGCGCCUGAACUCCAGUCAGUCAAAGCAUCAAAGUUAUAUCUUAAUAGAUUUUUUUUUUAACAUGCCAGGAAUGGGAUUGGUAAGUAUUUUCUAAACAGUUUUGUUUUGUAUUGUUUAACUGUAUGCUGUCGGUGAAGCUGCAAGUCUCUACAUAUAAUAAAAAAAAAAUAGAAAUUGAAA